UUUUGUUGGUUUGUUUAUGAAUUUUUUUUAUAAAUGGACAUGUAGAACCGACGAUUAAGAUUCCCCCACCACCUCUCUCUCUCUCUCUCUCUCUUUCUCUCUCUCUCUCUCUCAAUAAACUAGAAAGAGAGUAUUGUUUGUGGGGUGAGAAAAUCAGCUGAGACAAUUCUGUCUCUUGGUUCGGUAGUGUCCUUAAUUUUUUUGGGGUGGCAAUCCUAUUACGCCUUCCACAUUCCGCCAUUGAUAAAAUCUGUUGUUUUAACUUCAUUCUCAGUACGAAAUUUCACAUGGGUUCCUUCUCAAAUUACUUCCUCCUUCUUCUUCUGAUCGUUUCCAGAGGGGUUUCUGGGGCUACAUUUACGUUUGUAAACAAGUGUGAUUUCACAGUCUGGCCGGGGAUUCUCGCCAGCGCCGGAAGUCCCAAACUCGACAGCACCGGCUUCGAGCUCGCGAAGGGUACAUCUCGCCUGUUCCAAGCUCCGACCGGUUGGUCCGGCCGGUUCUGGGGCAGGACCGGCUGUAACUUCGACGGUUCAGGUCAAGGCUCGUGUGUCACCGGCGACUGUGGUUCGGGCCAGACGGAGUGCAACGGAGCCGGCGCCACUCCUCCGGCGACGCUAGCCGAGUUCACACUCGGCUCCGGGUCGCAAGACUUCUACGACGUGAGCUUAGUCGACGGCUACAACCUCCCUAUGGUGGUCGAAGGGAAUGGGGGAUCAGGUACUUGCGCGUCCACGGGGUGCAUCACGGACCUCAAUCGUAGUUGCCCGACGGAGCUGAGGGUCGACGGUGGUGGGGCCUGUAAAAGCGCGUGUGAGGCGUUUGGGUCAGACGAGUACUGUUGUAGCGGCGCGUAUAAUACACCCGCCGUUUGUAAGCCGUCUAUGUACUCGGAGAUAUUCAAGUCAGCUUGUCCCAGAUCGUAUAGCUACGCUUACGAUGAUGCCACGAGUACUUUUACGUGUACCGGAGCUGAUUAUACAAUUACAUUUUGCCCUAAUCUUCCAAGCCUAAAAUCAUCAAGAGAUUCUCCUCCAACGACGACCGGGACAACAAUCUCCGGGUCAGAAUCCGGGUCGGUAACCGAGUCGGACCCGGGAGCAAUACAAGAGGCUUCAUUGGCUAGUUCAUGGCUAGCAGAUUUGGCAACUGGAAAUUCAAUGAGGACCCAAAACGCUCUAGCCUUUGAAUCAGCAUUGGUUUUGGUCAUGGGAUUGAUUCUCUCAUUUUUGCACUUGUGAUGAUGAUGAAGAAUAAUAUGGUCUCUAAAAAUGGCCUAAAUUCCUCUCAUAAAUUUUUUGGGGCUACUUUCAGAGAAAGAAAAGAAGGAAUCAAACAUGAGUCUGAGCUGGGAAUUUGACAGAAUCCAGAUUGGAAACCACCAAUUUUCAAAGUCUACAUAUUUAAUGAUAAAUCAUUAGGUUAAGAAAGAAAAUAUGUGUUAUUGUAAAGCAUAAUAAUAAAAGCAUAUAUUGUUUUAGAAAUAUAAAAAAAAAAAUAUUCUGGCUGC